AUGAGUUCCGUAAAUCGUCCGGUGGACUUGAAGCAGAAGGAGAAGGAUGUCAACAACAAGCUACAGCUGUACGGCAUCUUCGAGGCCUUCUCUAACGGAAAGGUCCCCUCCAACCAGCAAAUCGAUGUCGCGCUCAACUCCGCGCUGGCCCACAGGUCGCUGAACUCACCAUCCAAGAAGCUGUCGAGCGAGGGUCAGCAUCUGGUGACCGACCUCAAGAAGGUCAUCGAGCAGGCCAAGAUCCUACUACUCACCAAGAACGAGGGCAACCUCCUCCAGGACUUCAUCUGGCAGGCAGAGCACCUCGGUGGCAACAGCGCCGCCCUCCCCAAUGCCCCUGUUGAUAAGGACACAGCGAAGCAGCACGGAAACGAGGCGCUUGAUGGUCUACGGACUCUCGGUACCCUCCUCAUUUCCAACGGCCAGUUCAGGAAGUUGCUUUCAGAUGCCACUGUUCUGCUCCGUGACAUGGCUGGCGAUGCCGCCCAGAACACCGCCAACAAGGUCAAGCCCUCAGAAGACCGUCUCAACAAGCUAGAUGAGCCUGCUGAGGACAACACUUGGCACGACACCUCCGACCUGAACCGCGAGAACCUUCGCAAUCAAGCUAAGAGCAGUCUGCCUUUCGGCAACAAGAACAAGGACGAGGCCAAGGGUGACUUGAAGGAGCAUGCCAAAGACAUCAACCAGGCUGCUAACCCUGAUGGCUCGCGCGACCCUCAGCACACCGCCCAACUUGGCGCCCACGAGGGUCAGACCGGCCAGAGCACUGGCGUCGACGCCCGUGGUGCUCUCGACGCUGCCAAGCAGAAGGUUGACGCGAACACUUCUGAGGAGGAUAAGAACAUGGCCCGCGCCCGCCGCGACCAGAUGAACAACUACCUCAAGGGCAAGAUGCCUGAGGAGCGCCGCGAGCAGACCAUCUGGCGUCUUAAGAAGAUGGUAGUCGAGAUUCAGGGCCACCAGGACUACCAGCGUGCCAUCGAGACCCUACUCAACCUCGCCGAGCAGUACUCCGGCCAUGGUAAGAACCUUGGCCAGCAGGGCAAGGGUUCUGUUCAAGGUGCGCAUCAGAACGAUGCCCUAACUACUGCUGAAGCUGAUCUCAAGAACAAGUGGCUGACCAACAUGAAGACUCUUCUUGAGCGUUUUGCAAACAACACCUCGUUCGAUGACUUGAUUGAGUCCAUCAACCAGGUCUACAAGGACGCCGACCAGGAUCCAGAGCUCAGGAACUGGUUCACUCGCAUCAACCAGUUCAUCCGCAAGACUCUCCAACAGCAGGGCUUCAUCCUCGAAGACCGUAGCAACGAGGAGUGGAACCAGAUCUACGAUGAUGGUCACCGCCUCCUUCGCGGCCGCUACCGUGGACACACUGACCGCAUCGCCGACGAGUUCAAAUUCGUUGGCGAGCAGUUCGACGCUGACCCGCAGAACAAACAGUUCGCUGAGUCUGUCAACAAGCUCUUCCUUGACCUCGGUCAGGAUGAGAACGGUCAGACUGUGUUCAAGCCCCACCUUCUCAAGGACCUGAGCGACGUCAUCCUCCCGUCCAUCUUCGAGAACGUCCGUUACGUCCCUAUCCCGCGUAUCGAAUACAGCGACCCCAUGGUCGACGCCGUCGUUGAGAACCUCGUCAUCGAGGGUGAUAACCUUGCUCCCAACUCUUUGGAGUUUGGCUCGGACAACUACUGGCGCUGGGGACGCAAGUCCAUCUCGAGCAAGAACAAGAACAAGGUCAUGCUCUCUGUCUCGGGUGUACAGAUGGAUCUCAGGGAUGUUUCCUACUACAUCAAGCGCAAGCAAGGCUUCCCAUCCAUCACCGACAAGGGUGUUAUGGACAUCUUCAUGGGUGGCUCCGGCUUCAGCUUCAAGGUUGAGAUGGAGACAGCUGACAAGGCCCGCGAGAACAACGCGCAGACCCACUUCUUCAAGGUCACCAAGGUUGAGUCUGACAUUAAGAACCUUCAGAUCAAGAUGAAGAAGAGCAACCACAAGCUCCUCUUCAACAUGUUCAAGCCCCUUCUUCUCAAGGUCAUGCGUCCUGUCAUCCAGAAGGUCUUGGAGAAGCAGAUCAAGGACUCCGCCAACCAGCUUGACGGCCUUCUCUUCGACAUCAAGACUGAGGCUGACCGCGCCGAGGCUGAGGCCAAGCGCAACCCCGACCCUCAGAACAUUCAGAACAUGUACCAGCGCUACGCCUCUGCUAUGCAGCACCGCAUCAUGCAAGGCAAGCAGAAGAAGGAGCAGGUCAAGGAGAAGACCAAGGACACCCAGGUCAACAUGGCUGUCACUCAGCACGACUCCAUCUUCAAGAACAUCUCCCUACCCGGCGGUAUCUCUUCCAAGGCUACUGAGUACAAGGAGCUUGCCGGCAAGGGCGAGAAGUGGGAGAGCCCCAUCUUCUCUAUCGGCUCCGCCAAGGAGACUUCCAGCCUGCCUCAGGUUGGCAAGGUCACUCGCAAGCCCCACGGUCGCGCAGGCGGCUACGGUAGCACCAGUGAGGAGUCUCGCGGUCUUGGAGCCUCGCAGGGCAUCAACCCAUCCGCCAACCAGUACGACAGCCAAUACACUAACGCUGGUGGCCUCGGCGGUGGUCAAGGCGUUACCACUGGUCAGGGUCUGAUGGGUGGUGCUGCUGCUACUGGUCUCGCCGGCGGCGUUCCUUCCACCACUGGCACCCAAGGCUUCGGCACUCAGGUUGACGAUGCUUUCAACACCACCGGCACCGCCGCACCUGUUGGAUCGUCUGGCCUCGGCUCCACUGGCCUUGGUUCAACUGGUCUGAACGACCCUACUGCCACAACUACUUCAGCAACUCAUCCCGCUCACCCCACUGGUGCCCCGGCUCCCGGCGAGUAUAACACUACCUUCGGUGACCAGAACCCCGUCUUCCAGGGCCGCGUUUAG